AUGACAGACAAGGCCACUAAAGAGGAGGGGGCAACAGCCGUGAAGGAUUUGGUAGAAAGACUGCUGGAACAUUGGGCAGAGGAAUCCUUACGGCCAAAUUCACCAAUCAAUCUGAUCGAAUUCCUCCACGAAUCGGACGAGACGGAAGCUUUGACUUUGGACGACCUAGAAACGCUUAGGGUCAAGGAGGAAAUUGAACGGCUCCUUAAAGCCGGCUUCAUCCGAACGGCCCGGUACGUUGAGUGGUUGGCCAACAUUGUACCAGUUUUAAAGAGGACCGAGGCCCUAAGGGUUUGCACCGAUUACCGAAAUCUGAACCUCGCAACCCCCAAGGAUGAAUACCCCAUGCCUAUGUCAGACCUCUUGGUAGACGGAGCCGCAAAGCACGAACUCCUGUCUUUCAUGGACGGCCAUGCAGGUUACAACCAAAUUUUCGUGGCCGAAGAGGAUGUCCACAAAAUGGCGUUUAGGUGUCAAGGAGCAAUCGGAACCUAUGAAUGGGUAGUCAUGCCGUUCGGCCUAAAGAAUGCCGGCGCAACAUACCAACGAGCUAUGAACCUGAUUUUCCACGACCUUAUAGGCCGGACCGUGGAAGUCUACAUUGACGACGUCGUUGUAAAGUCCCCGUCCAAAGCCGACCACGUAGGACAUCUCCGACAAGCUUUCAACCGAAUGCAAGCACACGGCCUAAAAAUGAACCCCAAGAAAUGUGCAUUCAGCGUCACCGCCGGGAAUUUCCUCGGUUUCUUGAUCAUCUCCAAGACUGAUCUUAUCAAAUACAUGCUCACUCAGCCGAUUAUACGCGGCCGAAUUGGGAAGUGGACGAUGGCAUUGUCGGAAUUUACCUUUCAAUAUGUGGCUCAGAAAUCGGUCAAAGGUCAGGCAUUGGCCGAUUUCCUGGCUCAUCACCCGGCCCAGGGAAAGGAGGGAGAGUUGGAGGUCGAGAUCGGCAUGGCCCGCAUGGAAAAGAACUACUGGACCAUGUACUUCGACGGCUCCAGUACCGAGGCCAGGUUAGGGGCCGGAGUCGUGAUCGAAUCCCCUCAAGGGCAGAGAUGGCAGGUCGCUUUCCAACUCGACUUCAAGUGCACCAACAACCAGGCCGAAUACGAAGCACUCAUCAUCGGUCUCGAAAUCCUGAAAGAAAUAAAGGCAACCCGUGUUCUAGUCUACGGUGACUCUCAGUUGGUAAUUAAUCAGUUGACCGGGGAAUACCAAUGCACGAGCGAGAAUCUCACUAUGUAUUAUGUAACGGCCCUCAAUACGGCCGACGUAUUUUCUAGGAUUUCCUUUGUUCACGUACCACGCGCCGAAAACCAUGAGGCCAACGAGAUGGCCCAGGUGGCGUCAGUCGUGAACAUCCCGGGAAUCAAGAGGCGUACCCUACCGGCUUUGGCCGAACGCGGAAUGGCAACGCAAGUAUCUUCGGCCGAGAUUAGCGACGAGGUCAACACGGCCGAAGCCGACUGGCGCUACCCCAUAGUAAAAUAUUUGCGUGACCCUUCCGGCAGCCAUGAGAGGACUACACGUUUCCGAGCUCGGUGUUAUUUGAUUUAUCAGAACGAGUUGUAUCGAAAGGGAUCGGACGGCUUAUUACUCCUAUGUCCCAACGCCGAAGACAUCAAGAAUAUGCAAAAGGAUGUAUCAAAUGUCAAAUCUACGGCCCCAUACAAAGAGUACCGGCCGAAGCCCUCCACCCGGUUACCAAACCAUGGCCGUUCAGAGGAUGGGCCGUGGAUAUCAUUGGCAAAAUCCAUCCGGCCGAAUCCAACCAACAUGCAUGGAUUUUGGUGGCGACCGACUAUUUCACUAAAUGGGUCGAGGCCGAGUCCUAACGGCCCAGUUUUCGCGUCGACCGAGACUCGGGAAUACACCGAAAGGCUGGGGAUCAAAUUGGUCUACUCAACACCUUACUACCCUCAGUCUAACGGACAGGCCGAGGCAAGUAACAAGGUAAUCAAGGGCAUCCUUGACAAAAUGGUUGAGGAGAAACCUAGGGCAUGGCACGACUUACUCCCCGAAGCUCUUUGGGCUUACCGAAUCUCAAAGCGGUCGGCCACGGGCACAUCUCCUUACGCCUUAACCUACGGUCACGACGCCAUCGUUCCAAUGGAAUUAAAGGUUCGGUCUCUCCAUGUGGCUGAACAGCCUGGACAAGAGGGGAAGGAUUAUGCGCAGGCCAUGGCUCAGGAGUUGGAAGAUUUGGAGCAAUCCAGACUCGAUGCUUAUAACCUAAUGCAGGCACAGAAGCAGAUUUCGGCGAGGGCUUACAACAAAAAGGUCAAGCAAAAAACCUUCGCCGAAGGCGACCUAGUUUGGCGAGCCGUGCUCCCUAUCAGGACAAAGGACCCUCGGUUCGGCAAAUUUUCACCCAAUUGGGAAGGGCCGUUCAUUAUCGAACGAAUUCUUGGCCGAGGGGCAUUUCAGUUAAAAGACAGGGAUGGAGAGUGGCACAACUUACCGAUCAACGGCUAG